UUUUAAUUUAUUAUCGUCUUUUCUUCCUGGUUGACUCUCUAAUCAAAUAAGUGAGAUGAAGAGCUACGUCUGCGUGACCUUUCUUCUGAUGUAUGGGCUGGCUCAAUUUGCUACACAAGUUCGAGGUACCUGCCAAUUAAAUGGUCAAGUUUUCAAUCUGGGUUUACACACAUUUCGUCCAUGCAGUCUGUUAGAGUGUUUCGAAGAUGGUACAAUAACAAUUGAAGAAUGUCCACCCUUUAUGACUUGCCCACCUGGUUCAUUAGUUUAUAAGUUUAUGCCCAGGGAUGAAACAAGAAAAUUUCCAAAUUGCUGUCCACGACCUGUUUGUGUUAGCAAUAAUACUGUUUCAACAUUGUAUGAUAAGAAAUAAUAGGAUUGUGGAAUUCGAGUAACUGGGUAAUCUGAUAUUAGUUAUAAUAUUUAAUAUUCAUAAUAUUCUCAUAAAUAAAUAUUGUUUCCUGAUUUCAUCAAAAUAUUUAUUUCAUCACUUACCUAUUGUUCGUAGAAAUUAUCAUGCCGUUCUUGUGAAUGAAAUUAAUUGUCAUAGAUGCUUGAAAUUUUAAUAAAAAAAAUGCAAUAACA